AUGAAGUUCACCAGAUGCUUCAUCCAGGGCGCUGCCCUCGCCCUCCUUGCAGGCCUGGGUUCGACUUUGGGGCUCGCCAACUCCAAGUUGAGCAGAGACCUUCAUGAUGCUGCCAUGAUGGGUUUGGAUCCUGAUGUUGCUCUGCGCCCUGAGCAGUUCGCAACCAUGAUGGCUGGCAGUCAGUCUGCAAACCCAGUUGCAGAGACCUUUGACGUAUGGCCCCUUUUCAAGAGUGGUACUUAUAAGCAUCGUUUCUGGAUCAACGAAGAAGACUACAAGCCUGGUGGUCCAGUCUUCGUCUUCGACUGCGGUGAGGCUGCUGGUCAGAGAUACGCAAACAACUAUCUCUAUAACGAGACCAACUUCUUCAGACAGUUCACCAAGAAGUUCAAUGGCGUUGGGAUUGUUUUCGAGCACAGAUACUAUGGAGAAUCAACUCCCUUCCCAAUCUCUGUCAAGACUCCACCGGAGCACUUCCAGUACCUCAACAACGACCAGGCUCUGGCUGAUCUUCCUUACUUUGCAAAGUCAUUCAAGCGGGCUGCUUUCCCCAACAAUGACUUGAGGCCAAAUGCCACUCCUUGGAUCAUGGUUGGCGGGUCGUACCCCGGCAUGAGAGCUGCUUUCACCCGUGACAGAUACCCAGAGACCAUCUAUGCCUCCUGGGCUUCUUCAGCUCCUGUUCAGGCCCAGAUCGAUAUGGCAGUAUACUAUGAGCAAGUGUACAGAGGCCUUGUCGCCUACGGAUGGGGUAACUGCACCAAGGAUAUCCACGCUGCCUACCGAUACAUUGACCGCCAACUCUCACGAGGAGACACCGCCGCAGCCAUCAAGAAGCUGUUCUUGGGUGAGGGCGCCGAUAAGGCUAGCAACGGAGAUUUCACUGCUGCUCUGAUCGUUGCCUACGCUGGAUGGCAGUCGUCCGGGGCCGACGGCCAGGUCGGCAAGUUCUGCAACUGGCUCGAGGUCGACCCCCAUACCAACAAGACCGCUCCUGCUGAAGGCUGGGCCCCUACCUUGGGAGACAAGGCCAUGGCCGAGAGAUUCGCUGCCUGGCCUACGCUCGCUGAGAUGGUCAAUGCCAAUGCCAUGACCAACUGCAAGCAGACCGACAAGUCCAAGCCACUCGAGUGCAAGCUCGACAAGCCAAGCGAAGACCCAGACUUCAUCAGCUGGAUCUGGCAGUACUGCAGUGAAUGGGGCUACUACCAGGGCGUCAACUUCCCACAGCACGCUAUCCUCUCCAGAUAUCAGACCAACCAGUGGAACCAGGAGUUCUGCUACCGCCAGUUCCCAACCGGUGUCAGGAGCGGCUACCUUCCACUCUUCCCCCAGACAGUCAAGACCAACCUCGCUACCAAGGGAUGGCAUAUGCGUCCAUCCAACGUCUACUGGAGCGGUGGACAGUUCGACCCGUGGAAGACCCUUUCCCCCCUAUCCACCGAGUCCUUCGCUCCUCGCAUCGAGGUUUCCAAGGAGAUCCCGAAAUGCAACGUUUCCACCGGGCCAAAGAAGAUCUUUGGAUAUGUAAUCCCCAAUGCUCAGCACGUCUAUGACUUCCGAACCUACUUCAAGCCCGGUGCUGUUUCCAGACAGCUCUUCAACGAUGCCUUGGAGGCAUGGCUUCCUUGCUUCCAGAAGCAUUAA